AUGUUUGUGCCGAAGACGCCGCUGGGGCGGGGCCUGGCGCUCUCCGCGCUCGUGGGUGUGGGCGGCCUCGGGUGGACCUCCUACCGCCUCCUCUUCGCCCAACCCCCCCAAGUGUGGGAGAAGCACGUCGUGCCUCACGGACCCUUGGUUCCCCUCGCCGGCAACCUCUGGCAGGUGACCGGUCGAGUGGAGCCCAAGUCCGACGCGGUGAUGAGGAACAUGGUCGUCUAUCGCCUUCCUCGCUCCGACGCAACUCAAGACGACAGCACCGAGCCACCGGCUGUCGCCCCCAUCUCAGCUGCCAGCUCCACACCGGUCGAGCCCAAGGAAGAGAGCCGCGAGGAGCUCCUGCUCCACAGCGUCAUCGCACUCAGCGACGAGGGGAUGCAAGAGCUCGACAACCUGGGGCGUGUCAAGUACAUUCUCGUGCCCUCGCCGUUCCAUCGCCUGGACGCCGCCGUCUACAAGCAGCGCUACCCCGAUGCGCAGGUCAUCUGCCCCAAGAGCAUCCGCAAGCAGGUGUCGAAGGUGGUGCCGGUGGACGCGGUCGUCGAGGACGUGUUUGGCCACGAUUACGCCUCGCAGGGGCUCAAAUGCUACACGCCUGGCGCUGGUCUUUACAUUCCUGAAUUGGUGUACGAGCUGCCUUUGAAAGAAGAGAAGGACGCGACGAAAGAGAUGGCCACAGAAAGCGACAAGAAAGCGCUGGUGUUCUGCGAUCUCGUCGCCAACGUCGCCGAGGGUCCUUUCAACGUGCGAAUUCUGGGCAUCGUCACCGGGGGCAACAACCCCGUCGUUCCCUGGAUGCCGCGGUACUUCUUUGUGCGGGACAAGGCGCAGACAAAGCGAUUCUUGGAGACGCUCGGUCGGCGAGACGACAUCGGGCUGCUGGUGAUGGCGCACGGCGAACCGGUCAAGUGCGGACCCGACGAGAUGAAGCGCCACUUGGCCAACCUGGCUGCCCAAUUCUAA